UGCUAUGAUCUUAACAAUUAAUUCUCUAUUCAAUCAUCCCCAUGGGCUUCACCUGGGCUUAGUUUAGAAAACACCCUCACUAUUAGAGAACACUGGUCACUUAUGCCAGAGAACAUUAGCACUGCAUACACUUUACCACUAAACCAUUUUACCACUAUUAGAGAUUCUCUCAGUAACCAAAUGUUAUUGUAAAAAUAUAUAAAAGUAAAACUAAAAGUGUAAUGUAAGUUUAAGUGUAACGUCUGAGUAUAAUGAACACUUUCAUUUUCUCUUCCUUCACCAUUGUUUUUCUGCUGUUCUGACUCACUUGGGUUUCCCCAGAAAAUCCCACUGUGACUUUCUUCCUUAUCUGAGUCCAACCUGAAUUGAGGAAACGCGAUCGUCUUCCAGUACGUUGUCAACAAGACACAAGCCAAGCAAAGAGAUUUAAAAAAAAAAAAAAAACAUAACCAAUGGCACACCCCUUUCCUAUGUGGAGCAACCUUUCUCUUUCACUUCAGAAAGUGAAGGAACAUAAAGCUUCACAGUGUCAGUAGAACACUGGGUUCCAGUUGAUUCUCCUCAUCUAUCAGCAAAAUGGGCAAGAUUUACCAAAUAACUGUUAUUGGAAUACAAGGAGAAAAUAAAACUAUUGAUGUUGCAACUACAGAGGAAGACUUCAACAACUCAACUGUUCUUGAAUUAAAGAAGAAACUUGUUGAGAAGCUGCCAGGGAACACAGAUCCUUCUGAGAUACGGCUCCUGUUUGCAUCCAAGCAGUUGGAGGACACAGACAAGCUUUCUGACCAUGGAAUAAAGAAUAAAUCCACACUCAUGUCUGUACUACGCCUGCAUGGAGGAUGGACACAUCCCAUGGACUCACUGUUAACUCCCUGUCACCAAGACGGCUACGGCAGCACUAUGCUAUAUUAUGGAAGACUAUGACUAUUGUAAAAUAUUUCUUGCAAAUUUGGACUUUCUUGCAAAUUUUUGUAUUUCUUUGUGCAGAACGGGCCAUAGAUCCAAUGAUUCAAUAGAUUCCAAUGUCCAGACAUGUAUAGAUUGUGUAAAAUUGCCUCCAUUCUGAAUCUUUUCCUUUGAUUAUGUGUUUAAGCUCAUGUGUGUACUGCACGGUUGUAUUAGGUUCAAAGGUGACUGUAUGCCUAGCAUUAUCUUGUUGCUACAUAAAUAAGAUUUACAGCA